AUGACCCAUCGAGAUGUUGAUUUUGGAAUUACUGGAACAACGGAAACGGCUGGAAGAAGUCAGAAAAAAUCUUUACCUGGUCCAAGGAGCAUAUUAGAGAUGGAAGGGGAUGGCAAUUGGAUUAAAACACAAAUGUAAGACCAUUUCUGGCCAUGAAAGUGAAUAGUUUAGUGUUUGUUUGGGGAUUUUUGGCUCCAAGAAUAUUCCAAAAUGCUAUGUAUAAUAAUGAUUUAUGACCAAUACAGUAUGAAAACGGCAUUUAUAAUAAGAAGAUAGAAUUUUAGGUGGUUCCCUGGAGGACACAGUGCUGGAACUGCCAAAAUUGUCAGAACUGAUCCAUCUUCGACUUGUUCUUGA